AUGGCCAUCGUAUUGCGCUACGUAAAAGAUGGUUGUGUAAUUGAGAGUUUUGUGGGUAUCGAGCAUGUAUCAUCUACAACAGCUCUUUCACUAAAAUCUGCAAUUGAUGAUUUUUUCUCAAGACAUGGAUUAAGCAUUUCCAAGGUGCGAGGUCAAGGUUACGACGGGGCAAGCAUAUGCAAGCUCUCAGUUGUGGCCGUGGCAAAGAAACAUACUUAUGUUGAAGACUUAUUUUUACUAGUCACUAAUAUAGUGACUGUGGUUGGAGGGUCGGCGAAACGUCAAAAUAUGAUUCGGGAAAAACAAGCUGCUUUAGUUUAUGAGGCAAUUGAUAGAGGUGAACUCUCUACAGGUCAAGGUUUAAAUAAAGAAACCAGCCUUAAACGAGCCGGUGAUACUCGUUGGAGUUCCCUCCAGAAUACUCUAAUUAGUAUGACUAAUAUGUUUUCGGCUGUAGUUGACGUCUUCGAUACAUUAGCACAUGAUUCAGACAAAAAAUUUGAAGCAAGAGUUCUACGAGAUUCAAUUCAGACAUACAAUUUUGUUUUUUUACACUUGAGGAAAAAUAUAAUGGGAAUCACAGCAGAUUUGUCGCAAGCCAUGCAGAGGAAAGAUCAAGAUAUUGUGAAUGCCAUGAAACUGGUUACCAUAUGCAAGCAACGAUUGCAGAAGAUGAGAGAAGAUGGAUGGGAAUCUUUAUUGCUACAAGUUUCUUCUUUUUGCGAGAAACACAAAAUUGAAGUUCUUAACAUGGAAGACAUGUUCUGUUUUCCAGGAAAAUUAAAACGUUUAGCUCCACAUAUCACUAAUUUGCAUCAUUAUCAUGUCGAGUUCUUCUAUGAAGUUAUAGACAUGCAACUUAUGGAGUUAAAUUACCGUUUUUCAGAAACGGCUACCGAGUUACUUCUUUGUGUGGCAUCCUUGAACCCUAUCGACUCAUUUUCUGCUUUCGAUAAGCAAAAUCUUGUCCGCCUUGCUCAAUUAUAUCCGAAUGACUUCACUGCUGUUGAAGUUGGGAUUCUUGAAGAUCAACUUAAAACCUAUAUAAUGGACAUGAGAUCAAGUGAUGAGUUUUUUGGGUUGAAAAGUAUUGUUGAUAUUGCUAAAAGAAUGGUUGACAAAAAAAAAGAAGAUCAAGUGUACCCAUUGGUUUAUUUGCUUUUGACGUUAGCGUUGCUCUUACCAGUUGCUACUGCUACCGUAGAAAGAGUAUUUUCUGGCAUGAAAAUUAUGAAGACUCGGCUACUCAAUCGAAUGGCAGAUGAGUGGAUGAAUGAUAAUUUGCUUUGUUAUAUUGAAAAAGACAUUUUUGAUGAUAUUGAUAACAAGGUUAUCAUACGAAGGUUCCAUUAUAUGAAAAAUCGUCGUGUACAAUUACCAAAUGUGUUAAUUUAA